AUGGCGACGAAAACUAGCACUGAGAGCGCUCCUCCAUUUGAUUGUCCAACAUGGGGAGGCAAGCCACCGGUCGGGCUCCACUUGGAUGUGAUGAAGGGAGACAAACUGAUAGAGAAACUGAUCAUAGACGAAAAGAAGUUCUACUUGUUCGGAAGGAAUCCGGACUGGUGCGACUUUACUAUCGACCAUCAGUCCUGUUCACGCGUCCACGCCGCCCUUGUGUACCACAAACACCUCAAGAGGCUCUUUCUCAUCGACCUCAACAGCACGCACGGGACUUUCCUCGGGCACAUCCGCCUGGAGCCUCACAAACCUCAGCAGGUUCCCAUCGACUCCACUUUGUCUUUUGGGGCGUCCACGCGCACAUACACCAUUCGAGAGAAGCCCCAAAGCCAGUCGGGCGCCAGCGCAGAAAUUAAAGUUGGCGACGAAGACGAGCUGAAAGGACUUCUCGGGCUGCCUGAAGAGGAGACUGAACUAGAGAACCUGACUGAGUUCAACACUGCACACAACAAGCGCAUCUCCACGCUGACCAUAGAAGAAGGUAACCUGGAUAUCCAGAGGCCUAAGAGGAAGAGGAGGAAUUCCCGAGUAACCUUCAAUGAUGAGGACUCCAUCAUCAAUCCUGAGGACAUCGACCCUUCGGUGGGGCGUUUUAGGAAUAUGGUGCAGACGGCCGUCGUCCCCAUCAAGAAACGUCGCUCUGAAGGCCACAACACAUUAGGUCUGGACGACUUCACCGCCAAGCGUAUGCACGGUUACUCCAUGAGCGGCGGUCUUUACGGCGACCUGCCCCCAACCAGCCACGAAAACCAACCCACGGGCGCUCCGGGCGGCGCCUCCAUGCAGGGCGGCCUCCCGUUGCCCUUCCCCAACCCCGCGCCAGAGGUGGACCUGGCCCCCGAGGCUCCUCGCCGCCCCGUCACUCUCAACCCCACCCCGGUGUCCGUGCCCUUCCUCCAAGAGACCCUCAAUGAGCCGCGCAAAAAGAAGUACGCCAAAGAAGCGUGGCCGGGCAAGAAACCCACGCCAUCGUUACUUAUCUGA